AUGACUUCGGCAACUUCACCUAUCAUUUUAAAAUGGGAUCCCAAAAGUUUGGAAAUCCGGACACUCACGGUGGAAAGACUGUUGGAGCCACUUGUGACACAGGUGACAACACUUGUCAACACAAGCAACAAAGGUCCGUCUGGUAAAAAGAAAGGGAGGUCAAAGAAAGCCCAUGUGCUGGCAGCAUCUGUAGAACAAGCUACUCAGAACUUCCUGGAAAAGGGUGAACAGAUUGCUAAGGAGAGCCAAGAUCUCAAAGAAGAGUUGGUGGCUGCUGUAGAGGAUGUACGGAAGCAAGGUGAGACAAUGCGGAUCGCCUCAUCGGAGUUCGCUGAUGACCCCUGCUCUUCAGUCAAGCGUGGCACCAUGGUGCGGGCGGCACGGGCUCUGCUAUCUGCUGUGACACGCUUGCUCAUCCUGGCUGACAUGGCAGAUGUCAUGAGACUUUUGUCGCAUCUGAAAAUUGUGGAGGAGGCCUUGGAAGCAGUCAAAAAUGCUACAAAUGAACAAGACCUUGCAAACCGCUUUAAAGAAUUUGGAAAAGAGAUGGUGAAACUGAACUAUGUAGCAGCAAGGAGACAGCAGGAGCUGAAGGACCCUCACUGUCGGGAUGAAAUGGCUGCUGCCCGUGGAGCCCUGAAGAAGAAUGCCACCAUGCUAUACACAGCCUCCCAAGCCUUCCUCCGGCAUCCAGAUGUUGCUGCUACGAGAGCCAACCGAGAUUAUGUAUUCAAACAAGUCCAAGAGGCCAUAGCUGGAAUCUCCAGUGCUGCUCAGGCCACCUCCCCCACCGAUGAAGCCAAAGGCCACACGGGCAUCGGCGAGCUAGCUGCGGCCCUGAAUGAGUUUGAUAAUAAGAUCAUCCUGGACCCCAUGACAUUCAGCGAGGCCAGGUUCCGGCCGUCUCUGGAGGAGAGACUGGAGAGCAUCAUCAGUGGGGCUGCGCUCAUGGCGGAUUCCUCCUGCACGCGUGAUGACCGCCGUGAGCGUAUUGUGGCUGAAUGCAAUGCAGUUCGCCAGGCACUACAGGACCUGCUAAGCGAGUACAUGAAUAACGUAAGAUAUCAAGGCUGGAAGGAUGACUCAUCAAAGACUGGAAGAAAAGAAAAAGGAGACCCUCUCAACAUUGCUAUUGAUAAGAUGACCAAGAAAACAAGAGAUCUGAGGAGACAGCUUCGGAAAGCUGUGAUGGAUCACAUAUCAGAUUCUUUCUUGGAAACCAAUGUCCCUUUGCUGGUUCUCAUUGAGGCUGCAAAGAGCGGGAAUGAGAAGGAGGUGAAGGAAUAUGCCCAAGUUUUCCGUGAACACGCCAACAAGCUGGUGGAGGUUGCCAAUUUGGCUUGUUCCAUCUCCAACAAUGAGGAAGGGGUGAAAUUAGUCAGGAUGGCAGCCACCCAGAUUGACAGCCUGUGUCCCCAGGUCAUCAAUGCUGCCCUCACACUGGCUGCUCGGCCACAGAGUAAAGUUGCUCAGGACAACAUGGAUGUCUUCAAAGACCAGUGGGAAAAACAGGUCCGAGUGCUCACUGAGGCUGUGGAUGACAUCACCUCAGUGGAUGACUUCCUCUCUGUCUCAGAAAACCAUAUCUUGGAGGAUGUGAACAAAUGUGUGAUUGCCCUGCAAGAGGGAGACGUGGACACACUGGAUCGUACAGCUGGGGCCAUACGGGGCCGGGCAGCCCGGGUCAUUCACAUCAUCAAUGCAGAGAUGGAGAACUAUGAAGCUGGUGUCUAUACAGAGAAAGUGCUGGAAGCCACAAAAUUGCUUUCUGAAACAGUGAUGCCACGCUUUGCUGAACAAGUUGAGGUUGCCAUCGAAGCCCUGAGUGCCAAUGUCCCUCAACCAUUCGAGGAGAACGAGUUCAUUGAUGCCUCGCGCCUGGUGUAUGAUGGCGUUCGGGACAUCAGAAAGGCUGUGCUGAUGAUCAGGACUCCGGAAGAGUUAGAAGAUGAUUCUGACUUUGAGCAAGAGGAUUAUGAUGUGCGGAGUCGGACAAGUGUUCAGACUGAGGACGACCAGCUCAUUGCUGGACAGAGUGCACGGGCCAUCAUGGCGCAGCUACCACAGGAGGAGAAAGCAAAAAUAGCUGAGCAGGUGGAGAUUUUCCACCAAGAAAAAAGCAAGCUGGAUGCUGAAGUGGCCAAAUGGGAUGACAGCGGCAAUGACAUCAUUGUGCUGGCCAAGCAGAUGUGUAUGAUCAUGAUGGAGAUGACAGACUUCACCAGAGGCAAAGGCCCACUGAAAAACACAUCUGAUGUCAUUAAUGCUGCCAAGAAGAUUGCAGAAGCAGGCUCUCGAAUGGACAAAUUAGCACGCGCUGUGGCUGAUCAGUGUCCUGAUUCUGCAUGUAAGCAGGAUUUAUUAGCCUACCUUCAGCGGAUUGCCUUGUACUGCCAUCAGCUUAACAUCUGCAGCAAAGUGAAGGCCGAAGUUCAGAAUCUAGGAGGAGAGCUCAUUGUGUCAGGGACAGGAGUUCAGAACACUUUCACUACCUUUUAUGAGGUAGAUUGUGAUGUCAUAGAUGGGGGCAGGGCUAGUCAACUUUCUACCCACCUCCCAACCUGUGCUGAGGGAGCUCCAAUCGGGAGUGGAAGCAGUGACUCCUCCAUGCUGGACAGUGCUACAUCACUCAUCCAGGCAGCCAAAAACCUGAUGAAUGCUGUUGUCCUCACGGUGAAAGCAUCUUAUGUAGCCUCAACCAAAUACCAGAAGGUUUAUGGAACAGCAGCUGUCAACUCUCCGGUUGUGUCUUGGAAGAUGAAGGCUCCUGAAAAGAAGCCCCUUGUGAAGAGAGAAAAGCCUGAAGAAUUCCAGACACGAGUUCGACGGGGAUCUCAAAAGAAACACAUUUCCCCAGUGCAGGCUUUAAGUGAAUUCAAGGCAAUGGAUUCCUUCUAA